AUGUCCAAACCAGCAGUCAGCGCGCAGUUGCACAUCCUCAAGGCCCUGAACCGGUGGCCCAAGGACUCCCUCCGGCCCGCCGCGCAGCUCCAGGAUGUACUGAAGAAGCGGUUCGAAGGCGGCAGCGGCCCGUCCCUGUCCGAGGAGCAGAAGCUGAAGCAGGCGAAUGCCCUCUACUCGCUACUGGACAACCGUUUCCGCAAGAGGUAUGCCAUCACCGGCGAAGUGUCCAUCCUCAAGCCCCGGAGCAACCCGACCUACUACACCGACCUGCUCACUGAGUUGCAAGACGCCCCGACCCGAUCGUGGCUCCAGAGGUUUAUACUGCGAGUAAAGGGCGUUGUUCGGUUGCAAUAG